AUGGCACAGUCUAAGGAACUAGCAAAGCUUAUUCUGCAUUUUGGUUGGACCUGGGUCGGCCUGUUGGCUGCAAACAAUGAUUAUGGUCAACAGGGAAUUCAACCAAUUAGUCAAGAGAUCAUCAAAGCUGGAGCAUGUGUGGCCUUCACAGAAUACAUUAUUUUAGGUCAAUCAGACCGCAAUGCUCCCCAUAUAGUCAAGGUCAUUAAAGAGUCAACCGCUAAGGUCAUAGUUGUCUUCUCCCUUGAUGUUGACUUGGUUCCAGUUAUGAAUGAGAUGUUGAUACAGAAUGUGGAAGGGAAAGUUUUCAUUGCCAACGCAGGCUGGUCCAAGACUACCUUGUUGUUAAAUGGGAAUUAUUUUCAGGCUCUCUCUGGCACUGUUGGUAUAGGCACCAGCUAUCGGGUGAUUCCGGGAUUGAGUGACUUUCUUAAUAAAACCCAUCCUUUCACAUCUUUGGGUCAGAACUGGGUGAAGCUAUUUUGGGAGCAGGUUUUCAGUUGCAAGUUCCAUGAGAAAAAUAGUACAAGUGCACUGGAGAGCGCGGUAAAAGUGUGCACAGGAAACGAAACUAUAGAGAGCGUUAAGAAUAGCAACACCUUUGUCACCAGCCUAAAAUACAUCAACAAUUUCUAUGCUGCAGUCAAUGUCAUGGCCAAAGCUUUGGAAGAUCUGAAACAGUGCAAGAUGGGCAAAGGUUCAGUUUCUUUAAUGAAGUGCACCAACAUUUGGAAUUUCAACCCAUGGCAGCUCCUAUAUUAUAUCAGGAAUGUUAGGGUUAAACUUACCACUGGGAGAGAAAUUUACUUUGAUGAAAAUGGUGGUACACCAGAAGUCUACGACAUUGUGAACUGGCAGAUGGGUACAGGAGGUUCCAUGGAAAGUAUUAAGGUUGGAAGUUAUGACACCGCAACAUCCGUUGGUCAAGCACUGGACAUUAACUCAAGCUUAUUCCUUUGGGCGAUGGGAGAUAAAGAGGUCCCCAGGUCAGUCUGCAGUGAGAGCUGUUCUCCAGGAUACAGGAAGUCUGCUAUACCUGGAAAACCCGCCUGCUGCUUCGAAUGUGUCCAGUGUCUACAAGGAGAAAUCUCCACCCAGACAGAUUCCAUUGAUUGUAUUAAGUGUCCGUGGGACCAAUGGCCAAAUUCCCAGAAAACAAGCUGUCUGCCUAAGGCCACAGAGUUUCUCUCCUAUGAAGAUGUAUUAGGAACCAGUCUGGCAGCUGUCAGUGUCCUAUCUUCCUUCACACCGUGUCUUAUCUUGAAACUUUUGAGGCAUCAUAAGCAAUCUCCUAUAGUCAAAGCCAAUAAUUACUCUCUCAGCUGUCUUCUCUUGGUCUCACUGUUUUUCUGUUUCCUCUGCUCUUUGGUCUUCAUAGGUUAUCCUCAUCCUGAGAAAUGUCUCCUGCGUCAGGCUUCAUUUGGCCUGGUUUUCACGGUCUGUGUUUCAUGUAUUUUGGCCAAAACUAUCAUGGUGAUGCUUGCUUUCGCUGCCACCAGACCAGGCAGCAUUCUGAGGAGAUGGACCACACCUCAAGUGUCUUACAUGAUAAUUUUUACUUGUUUUAUGUUACAGUUUGUUUUAUGUCUCACUUGGCUGUCGCUCGCCCCUCCUUUCCCACAGUACAACACUCAAACCAAACCUGGACUCAUCAUUGUAGAGUGCAAUGAGGGAUCUCCCAUAGCCCUCUGGACCAUGUUUGGUUACCUCUUUCUUCUGGCCACCAUUAGUUUCAUUGUUGCCUUCCUGGCUCGGAGACUCCCUGACAGCUUCAACGAGGCCCAGUUUAUUACUUUCAGCAUGCUGGCCUUCCUCAGUGUCUGGGUGUCCUUCAUCCCAGCCUCCCUCAGUGCUCAAGGAAAAUACACAGUCGCCAUGGAAAUCUUUGCCAUCAUGGUCUCAAGUUGGGCUCUGGUAAUCUGCAUGUUUCUGCCUAAAUGUCUUAUUAUAGUGUGCCGACCAGAGAUGAACACUAGAGAGUAUCUUAUGAAGAAAAUCAGAGAUCAAAAUAAGACCAAUGGAGUGCAGAUAUUAAAUGUAGAGAAUCACUCUGAAAGUAUCUAA